UAGGUUCAGAGCGACUCAGCACGGCGCCAUAGAUUGGCCCGCCUCUCACAUCGCCUUGAAACUGGUGUAGCGUGCAGCUGUAAGUCAUCGGCUCGUCGCCUAGCCAGCCAGCCUCUUCGUGGGCCGUAGUUGAACUCACGCCGCCGUCAGGUUCGUUCCUACCAGGCUCUCGGUAUUCUCUAGGUUCAGGAUCGUUCCUACCUGUAUCACUCGCGAUGGAGGUCUCGUUACAGAGCUCCGCGCGCGCUGCCGUUCACGCUGCGCCGCAGCGGGCUACGAGGAAAUCGGCGCGUGAUUCUACUACCGCGCAAGCCUCCCUCUCGUCGCUCUCAUGCACAGCUCUCGCUGGUGCGGGGAGCCGCAGCCUUUUCCCCGCCCUUUCGCCUCCGCGCGUGCGCGCAUCUUCCCGCCGCACCCGCCGUGGAGUGAUUUCCGCAGUCGCCGCAGGAGUGGCUGGAGCCGCCAGCUCAAACAAGACCCGGUUGGCGCGAGCGGUGGAACUUGCUCAAUGGCUCGCCUCCGCGGGAUUCCCCGCGCAGCCUGUGGCCCCCGCGGACGCGGGAGCCGCGGGGAUCGGGCUCUCCGCCAAGGAGCCAAUAAAAAAGGGCCAGGUGGCGCUCCGCGUGCCAGAGAAUUUCGUGGUGACGUCAGUCGACGUGGCGGAUCACCCUGUCGUGGCGAAAGCGGCGGAAGGGCGCGGCGAUUUGGUCGGGCUGACUCUGUGGCUGAUGUGGGAGCGCGCGCAGGGCGACGCGUCCCUCUGGGCGCCGUACAUCCGGACGUUUCCGGAAGCCACGUCCUCGCCGCUGCUUUGGCCGGCAGACGACCGGCAGCGGCUGCUGGCCGGCACGACGAUCGCCGGCGAGAUUGACGGCCGCGUGGCGGAAAUGGAAGCCGUGUAUAACGUUCUUAAAGCCGCGCAUUUUGACGCCGACCCCGGUACCUUUGCGACCUCCCCCGCCUCCGCGCCUUUCUCUCUCGAGUCUUUCAAAAAAGCCUUCGCUGUCGUGCUAUCUCGCGCCGUGUACCUUCCCUCGGUGGACCUAUUCGCCUUGAUUCCUCUGGUGGAUCUAGUCAACCACUCGCCGGCGCCCUCUAAUCCAGCCAUUCCCCCGCCGUCCUCGUUCGAUUUCGACCCGGCUUCGCAAUGCGUGACUCUUCGCACCCCCGUCGAUCUCGCCUCGGGCGAUCCGCUCCUCGCAUCGUACGGCCAGGAUCGCACCCCGGCGGAUCUCCUCCUCACGUACGGCUUCGUGCCGCGCGCGUCGCCGUCCGAUUUCAUCCUCCUGCCGGUCUCGCUCGUUCCGGGAGACCCCUUGCUGGAAUUCAAGCGGCAGAUUCUAAACGACCAGGGGCUGUCUGUAUCGGAGAUGUUUCCGCUUUUCACGGACCGCUUUCCGCGGCAGCUGAUCGCUUUCAUGCGGCUCGCGCGGCUCCAGGACGCGGCGCAGCUGGCGGGGAUCAGCUUCGAGCGCGAUGUGAUGCUAUCGGAGGCGAACGAGUACGAGGCGCUACAGAUCCUGCUGCGUGACUGUAACGACCGGAUCGCGGAAUUCCCGCAGACGCUGGAGGACGAUCUCCGGCUGCUGAAUCUCGGUCCUUCCGUCGCCACCAGCGCCGCCGCCGCCGCCGCCGCCGCAAACACCGGCAGCAGCAGCAGCAGCGGGGGCGGGGGUUUUGGAGGGUUUUUCGGGGGCUUUGGAGGGGGGCAGCAGCAGCAGCAGGAGGAGGCGAGAGAAGCGGAGCGGGCAUCGGCUGCUGCAGCGGCAGAGGCAGUUGCAGCAGGGGAGAGGGAGCUGUUGGCAGCGGCCCUACGGGCCAGGGAGAAGCAGAUCUUAGCUAAUACCGUGACUGCGCUGCGCACUAAGCUGGCGCCGAUUAGGGGGCUGCCGAGCAAGCAGGGCAUGGACGACCCGAACGAGGAGAUUAAAGCCAUGUUUGGGAUGAUGGAGGCGGGGCUGUCUGCUCCUACUAAGAUCUUUUCGGAUCUGCUGAAGCGCAAGAACUCGCCCUAGGCCGUGGACAUGGGCUGUGGUGCCAUGCUGUGGUGCCAUGCUGUGGUGCCAUGCCGUGGUGACAUGCUGUGGUGACAUGACAUGCCGAGGCGACAUGCCGUGGUGACAUGUUUUGGUGCCAUGUGGCUGGGAAGGGCACUUCUUGCUGGGCGGAUGGUCGACUGCUUUGAAUUGGUGAUGAUGGGUUUAACUAGGGCGCUUUCUGUGUUACGUGUAGCUCCCCCCUCCUGUUGACUUCGUUGGUGCGAAUCUAUAUGUUCCAUACAGCACAUUCAAGGACUAGCUCGGAAUUUCGGUCCACCACUAUGCCAUAGAUCAGCUCCACCUCUAUAUGUAGUCUGUAUGUGCUCAGUUUUGAACAUGGCUAAUGUAGGCUAAUGUAGUAGAUACCUGGGAAAAGCAAGCAACUAGC